AUGAGGAUCUGUACAGUUCAGCCUAUCCCUUUCUCGAAGCUUCCUAACGCUUCCCCUUCUCUCCAUAAGCUCUCUCCUUCUCACAGACUAUUCCGUCUCACUCCCACAGCCUCACUUUUAUCUCGAUCGAUUUGCUUGAGAAAUUUGUUGCCUAGGGCUACACCCUCUGACGAAAGAUCCAGUGGGGCAAGCCAAUUUUUCAAUGAGAAACGCGAUGGUGUAAUAGCCCUAGAGGAUGUUAAAGCAGAAGAUAAGAAUGAGUUUGAAAAAACGGAAGACACAAAGGAGUUACCUGAUGAAGGACAGGGUUUGUCUUUUGAUUUGCUGGAUAAGCUCAAUUUUGACUCAAAUGACGCCGUUUCCCUUGCCUUGUAUGGAGGUGGCGUCUCGGCGGCUCUGUGGCUAACAUCAGCCGUUAUUGGUGCAAUUGAUUCUAUCCCAUUGUUUCCCAAGUUGCUGGAAGUCAUAGGGCUCGCAUAUGCAGUAUGGUUUACUUCCCGUUUUCUGCUUUUCAAGCAAAAUAGAGAUGAGCUGUCUUCUAAAAUAGAUGAGCUCAAGGAGCAAAUUUUUGGUUCAGACGAUAAUUGA